GGAUCCCGGAAGUGGCCGGUGUGCUACCUGGUGCUGACUUCCACGUAUCUUUCACUGACAUUUAAUUACUUCACAUGCCACCACCGUUUUACGUCUCAAUAAUACUAUGGGACCGCUGUUAAAUGUUACGGCGCUGAGAAACAGAAAGAAAAGUGCUGUAAAUACACCAAGACCUCAGCUUUGACCUCCAGGGAAUGCAGUUCAUGACAUCAUGUUAGUGACAGCGUAUCUUGCCAUAGUUUUCCUGCUUGUUUUAUGUGUUGGUCUCGAGCUCACAGCACGCCGCCUCACACCACCUCAGUCCACCCCUACUGCUGUAGCCAACCCAGCAUUCCGUGGCUUCCAGAGAAUAUUCCUCAGGGCAUACCUUUUGGCUUUGUGGGCAGACUGGCUCCAGGGUCCGUAUCUCUACAAACUUUACCGCCACUACAGCUUCCUGGAAUCCCAAAUAGCCAUCUUGUAUGUAUGUGGCCUGGCCUCUUGCGUUCUGUUUGCUCCUUUUGCAGGCUGGCUACCUCAGGCCUUGGGCCGCAGACAGACGUGUUUUCUCUUCUGCCUGUCCUAUUCUGCCUGUUGUCUCACCAAGCUUUCCAGAGACUACUUUAUUUUGAUUGUUGGGCGUAUUUUGGGGGGUCUGUCCACAUCCCUGCUAGCCACUGCAUUUGAAGCCUGGUACGUGCACCGACAUGUUGAUGUCCAUGAUUUUCCCAAGGAAUGGAUCCCCAGCACCUUCACCAAAGCUGCUACCUGGAACCACGGCCUCGCAGUGGGAGCGGGCCUCCUGGCUAACUUGUUGGCUGAGUGGCUCCACCUGGGGCCAGUGGCCCCCUUUCUCCUGGCUGUUCCCUUCCUGGGCUGCUGUGGCUGGGUAGUCCUAACAGACUGGGGCAAGGAAGAGGCUCAAGUGGGUCCUGAAAGGGACAAACAGACUCUGCUCAUUGGCACUCCAAAUGGAGGUGUGACCCAUUUGUCUGCAAAAGCGCGGUUCUCACGCAGCUGUCAUGAGGGCCUGCGCUGCCUGCUGUCAGACAAGAGAGUCAUGCUCCUGGGUGGAGUUCAGGCUCUGUUUGAAAGUGUCCUCUACAUUUUUGUUUUCCUGUGGACCCCAGUACUGGACCCUCAUGGGCCUCCUUUAGGAAUAGUCUUCUCUUGCCUAAUGGCUGCCAGCAUGGCUGGGUCUUUGCUGUACCGCCUAGCCACCUCGACUCGAUACCGUCUACAGCCUGGUCAUGUGCUCUGUCUAGCUGUGCUGAUGGCCUUCUUCUCUUUAUUUAUGCUAACCUUUUCCACUGUUCCAGGACAGCCUAGACCUCAUGAAUCCUUUCUGGCCUUCCUGCUGCUGGAGCUGGCCUGUGGUCUCUACUUCCCUGCUGUCAGCUUUCUUCAGGGCAGGGUGAUCCCAGAGGAGAAGCGGGCUGGUGUGCUGGCCUGGUUCCGGUUGCCUCUGCACCUGCUGGCCUGCUUAGGGCUCCUGGCCCUCCACGGGGAAGUGUCAGGAACAGGUGGUGGGGAGGGUGGUGGGGGCACCAGACACAUGUUUGGAGGCUGUGCCGUCAUGAUGCUGGCAGCUCUGAUGGCUGUGGUCAGCCUUUUCACCUUGGGUAGAAAUGACACAGACCUGAGACUGGAGGGAAACAGAGGAGAAUGGGAAAUGUAAUGAGUGGAUCAGCCACAUAUCCAUCUCUGCUUGUUUGGUUUAAAAUGUAUUAUGUCAGUUUUGUCUGACUCAAUGUAGGGACAUCAAAUUUGUCUGGAGUACUUUUCACUCCACAUUUUGCCAAAUGCAGAAUAGAAUAAAGUCGUGGGGUGUUUUUGUAGAUUUAACAUUUACCAUGUUACUUCCUUGUUUAGUGGUUACAGACUUUUGUUCAUUUGGGAAUAUUUGUCAAUGAAAAUGUUGGAAACUUGGUUGAUACCUCCUGUAUCAUUCCAAUAACUAUUCCAGAUUGUUUCUGCCUAUAGGCGUCUGGUGUGAUGACAGGUGAAAGUAAUGUUAAAUCUUGAUGUAAUGCUUAAAGACAGACUUGAAAAUAUUUGAUUUAAGAGAGUAGUAACAAUGCUGGUUUCUACAAUAUUUCUUCCGCAGUGCAUUAGUUCUUGUAUGUAUGUUGACCGGGAUCUGUUUUUAUUUUUAUUUUUCUUUGAAUCAGGCAAGCAGCAGCUUUACUUUAAAUGUCCUUCCUGUGUCAUCUACAAAAUAUUUUGUUCUUAUGUUCUUAAUAUG